AACGUAUGAUUAAAACUGGAAAAUGCUUUUCAUUUCGUGCUCCAUAAAAUAAAAAAAAUCGGAUAAUGCAGCCAUAAACCAUUACUCAAAAUCAAAUCUAUCCAGCACCAAACGCAAUAAUUGACGCCGGCGGUGUUUUUAUUUUGCCGGUGGUCGUGGAUUACAAUCGUGAUUAUUUUACUCGUAACGCGCGCGCUCCCACCUCUGUACACACAUACGCACAUACAGAGUAAGUAAUUGGAAAAGGGGGUUAGGGUUUGUGGAUCUAACCCUAAAAAAAUCGUUAGUGAAGCAUGACGGAAGUGAAGCUACAUAUAUACGACGUUACAAACAGUGAUUCUGAUAAGACUAACAAUACGAUUGUUCAGAUCAAUAAGAUCUUUAAAGAUCGCAUUGGUCUUGGUGGCAUCUUUCACAGCGCCAUCCAGGUUUAUGGGGAUGAGGAAUGGUCAUUUGGCUUUUGUGAAGAAGGGUCUGGUGUUUUUAGUUGCCCUUCUGGAAGGAAUCCGAUGUAUACAUAUCGUGAAUGUGUUGUCCUUGGUAAAAGUGACCUUUCUAUCUCCAAAGUUAAUCAAGUUCUAAGGGAACUUAGUAGAGAGUGGCCUGGAGAAUGUUAUGACUUGCUUUCGAAAAACUGCAAUCACUUCUGCGAUGAUUUUUGUGAGAAACUUGGUGUGCCUAAACUUCCUGGUUGGGUUAACAGGUUUGCUAAUGCUGGUGAUACUGCUGUAGAAAUAGCUGGGAACACUGCUUUUCGGUUUAGGCAGGCUAAAACUGAGAUUGUAUCAGCUAGCAAAGUGGCAUAUCGGUUUCUUUUGGGUGCUAAUUCCAAUGCAGCUGCGACUUCAGAAUCCCCAGGAAUAUCGAAUAGAGGACCUCCUAGGUUCCAAGCUACGUGGUUCAAAAACCUUGUUUCAUCUGGUCCAAAACCAGCUGAAAGUUCAGAGGUGGAAGUACGAGCUGGGGAUAGUCUGUUGCAACAAAGGCAGAAAUGAUAUAGAUGCAGUAUGAAAUGUGUUGUAUACUAGUCAAGGCUCUCUAUUGUUCAAAGACAUCCAAAAUGUUAGCAGACUGCUUCUCAUAUCUUGUUCAGAUAUUGUAAAUUUUAAUUGAACUGUUCUUUCUAUUC